GUGGAAAAGACACCUGUUCUCAAGAGCUUGGGGAGACAACGGCUUAGAAAUUGAACCUGACUCGAAGAUAAAGUUAACCGGAACUGGAGAGCUGUCCUUCCUACAUUCUACCACCCCAAUUCCCCUUAAAUAGUGAAGCCUUCUUUCCGCCGAGGGCCGUUCGCUAUUGUACAUUUCCACCUUCUCUUCUCUUUAUCAUUCCUCAACUUCCUUCAGGUACGUUCAGUAUUGUCGCCACCACCUUCCAGAGGCAUCCUCGUCGCUACUGCCCUCCGCCGGCAUCGGCCCAUCAUCAAACUGAAGCCAGCUAACCUGGAGUUGCCUUACUUAGGUUCAAUCGGGGGUUAAUAUGCAUACCGUCAAGAACUUCGCUCUUGGCCUGCUCGCAGCCGCGGCAGUUGCCUCAGCAUCCGAUGUCGUGCAGCUGAAGAAGGAUACCUUCGAUGAGUUUGUCAAUGCCAAUGACAUUGUUCUCGCAGAGUUCUUUGCUCCGUGGUGCGGUCACUGCAAGGCCCUCGCCCCGGAGUACGAGGAGGCGGCCACCUCCCUGAAGGAGAAGAACAUCCGGCUGGCCAAGGUCGACUGCACAGAGGAGGCGGACCUUUGCCAGUCCUACGGCGUUGAGGGUUACCCGACCCUCAAGGUCUUCCGCGGCAAGGACAAUAUCACCCCUUACAAGGGCCAGCGGAAAGCCAAUGCCAUCACAUCCUACAUGAUCAAGCAGUCAUUGCCUGCCGUAUCGAUCCUGACAAAGGAUGGCCUAGAGGACUUUAAGAAGGCCGACAAGGUUGUUCUCGUUGCCUACAUUGAUGCUAGCGACAAGGCAUCAAACGAGACCUUCGCCGAGGUUGCUGAGAAGCUCCGGGACAACUACCCCUUCGGUGCUAGCAACGACGCCGCACUCGCCGAGGCCGAGGGUGUCACUGCCCCUGCCAUUGUCCUUUACAAGGACUUCGAUGAGGGCAAGUCCGUUUUCUCCGAGAAGUUUGACGUCGAGGCAAUUGAGAAGUUCGCCAAGACGGCGUCGACCCCUCUGAUCGGCGAGGUCGGCCCCGAGACCUACUCGGACUACAUGUCCGCUGGUCUCCCUCUUGCGUAUAUCUUCGCGGAGACGGCUGAGGAGCGCAAGGAGAUUAGCGAUGCCUUGAAGCCCAUCGCCGAGGCCCAGCGUGGCGUCAUCAACUUCGCCACCAUCGAUGCCAAGCAGUUCGGCGCCCACGCUGCCAACCUCAACCUGAAGGCUGACAAGUUCCCUGCCUUCGCCAUCCAGGAGAUCGCAAAGAACCAGAAGUUCCCCUUCGACCAGGAGAAGGAGAUCACCCACGAUGUCAUCAAGGCCUUCGUUGAUGAUUUUGUUGCCGGAAAGGUUGAGCCCAGCAUCAAGUCUGAGCCCAUCCCCACGAGCCAGGAGGGUCCAGUCGUCGUUGUGGUGGCCAAGAACUACGAUGACGUCGUCCUGGAUGACACCAAGGAUGUUCUCGUCGAGUUCUACGCUCCUUGGUGCGGACAUUGCAAGGCUCUUGCCCCCAAGUACGAGGAUCUCGCUUCUCUCUACGCAAAGAGCGAGUUCAAGGACAAGGUUGUCAUCGCCAAGGUUGAUGCCACCGCCAACGAUGUGCCCGAUGAGGUCCAGGGCUUCCCGACCAUCAAGCUCUUCCCGGCUGGUGCCAAGGGUGAGCCCGUCACCUAUUCUGGCUCCCGGACUGUUGAGGACCUGAUCAAGUUCAUCGCGGAGAAUGGCAAGUACAAGGCAUCGGUCGUUGAGGAGACUGAGGAGGCUGAGGCCACCGAGGCCACGGAGCCUGAGGCUGCUGAGGACGCCCAUGAUGAGCUUUAAGGGUUGGUAUAUGUAUUACUUGCAUUCAAUGGUUUUCCUUGGGACUUGGGCCGGGCUAGGGCCUAAAAAUGUUCUGCAAAGAGGGCAAACGCAAUACCUCGUCUAGUUUUCUAAUUGAGAUUGGUCUUUGUGUGUGUGAAAUAACCGACG